GAGAGAGAGAGAUAGACAGAGAGAGACAGAGCAGACAGACAGACAGACAGACAGAGAGAGAUAGGCAGAGAGAGACAGAGGCAGACAGAGGGAGAGAGAGAGAGAGAGAGAGAGAGGGGGAGGAUCAGUGGCUCCAUGGCGGGUCCGGUAGAGGAGAGUGUGCUGGAGGGGGAGCUGACCUGUCCUGUGUGCCUGGAUCUGUUCAGCGACCCACACCUGCUGGCGUGCGGGCACAACCUGUGCCUGGCGUGCGUGCGGGGGCUGCGGCGGCGGGCGGAGCGCGGAAGGUUCCGGUGCCCGGAGUGCCGGGAGAGCCUGCGCUGCGGCGGCCCCCUGCAGAAGAACUACCGGCUGGCCAACAUCGCCGAGGACUACCGGCGCCGGGGCCGCCCCUGCCGCCAGGCCCCGCCCCCGCCCCCCGUGCACUGCGACUACUGCUCCCCGGGGGCCGCCGCCCCCGCCGUCAAGACCUGCCUGCAGUGCGAGGUGUCCAUGUGCGCCGAGCACGUGCGGCCUCACCUGGAGCGGCCCGCCUUCCGCGAGCACCCGCUGACCGAGCCGCUGGGCGACGUGCGCGAGCGCAAGUGCGCGGCGCACGACGAGGCGUACCGCUACUACUGCCUGGACCAGCGCGUGUUCGUCUGCAACGCCUGCACCAUCGAGGGCCAGCACGCCGGGCACACCAUCAAGACCCUGAAGAACACCAUGAAAGACCUGAAGGAGUCUCUGCAGGUGCAGGGGCAGAGGUUGAGCAGGAAGGUUUCUCGCACAGAGAGAUUUCUGCAGCAGCGUGCCGAUGCUGAGCGUGACAGCCAGCGGUUUGUGGAGGGUGCGGAGCAGCAUUUGAGAGUGGUGGGGGAGCAGCUGCAGGUGCAGCUGGGUGGGUUUCUCUCAGCUCUGCGGGAGUGUGUGCGGGCCCACAGCGGGGCGGGGCCGGGGGCGGAGCUACAGCUGAGUUUCAGCAGGAUCACUGAGGACCGGGCCCAUCUACAGCAGGCUCAGACCAGCCUGCAGGCCCUCCUGCAGGAGAACGACCCCUUCCACUUCCUGCAGGAGUACCAUUCAACGGAGAAAAAGGUGCGAAAAGCUCUGAAGAGGCCACUGUUCUCUCCAGGCAGUCUGUGUUUGGAAACAGAGGCACUUGCUGAGAUCAUGGAGGCCAAGCUGGAGGAGUUUCAGACUGAAUUCAGACUUCAGAUCACUGAGCUCAUCCAGACUGUCUGUGUGGAUAACAAUGGAGAGGAGGAGGAAGAAGAGGGACGAGAGGAAGAAGUGGAGGAGGAAGAUGAGGAUGAGAGUAGUGAGAGUGAUGAUGAUGAAGAUGGUGACCAUGACGAUGAGGACGAUGAGAUAAGAAGUGAGGGGGAUGAAGAGGAUGAUCAUAGCGAGUCUGCUGAUGACUUGUACAACCCUGAGGAAGAGGAGGAAGAGGAAGAUGUCUCCUCUGACUAAUGGGGCUCCAGUGUACAGUAGCCCCACACAGGCCUGAUUAGUUCAGUUUAACAACAUUUACUGGGAUCAGGACGUACUUACAUCUGUCAAUCAUCUUUUGCUCCUAUUAAAAUGAUGUUAUUGAGGUUGUUGGAAUUGUGUGGUUGCUAUUAAAACUUUGGAUCUUU